GGGGGGCCGCGGCGCUGACGUCAGCGGGCGGAGUAUUAUGGUCUGGGCUGCGCUGGCGGCUGCCUGUGUGCUGCGAGCGGCCCCGUAAACAUGGAGCUCUCGGCCGUCGGGGAGCGCGUCUUCGCGGCCGAGGCCCUGCUCAAGCGCCGCAUCCGCAAAGGGCGCAUGGAAUAUCUCGUAAAAUGGAAGGGCUGGUCUCAGAAGUACAGCACUUGGGAACCCGAGGAAAACAUCCUGGAUGCCCGGCUGCUCGCAGCCUUUGAGGAAAGCUUUGGUUUUUUUAACACCUCUAGGGAGCGAGAAAUGGAGCUUUACGGGCCCAAAAAGCGAGGCCCCAAGCCCAAAACCUUCCUGCUGAAGGCCCAGGCAAAAGCAAAAGCCAAAACCUACGAAUUCCGCAGUGACUCUUCCAGGGGGAUCCGGGUGCCGUAUCCCGGCAGGUCCCCCCAGGAGCUGGGCUCCACGUCCCGGGCAAGGGAAGGACUGAGAAACAUAGCCCUGGCUCCCCAGAGCAGCUCCAGCACCAGCACCCCCAAGGCAGACAGCAUCCGCGACCGGGUGAUCCGCGUGGAGGAGAAACCCGGCGAGACCCCGAAAAAGAGAGGCCCGAAGCCCAGGAAGGAGCUUUACAAGGACCUGUCGGAGACUCUGGAUGCCUCCAAGAGGAAACUGGGGGACCCGGGGGACAAGGUGGGGGACUACCUGAAGGCCAGGAAGAUGGAGGAGGCGGCAGCGGGGGUGGCCAAGUUUGGCUCGGGACACAGCGUCAUCCAGCUGGCCAGGCGGCAGGACCCCGACCUCCCCAGCGCGCUGCCCGGCCCCAACCGGGCCGAGGUGGGUGCCAAGCUGGGAGCCGCCGAGACGUACCCGCCCCGGCUGGCCAAGCACCGGGCGGACUUUCUGGACCCCAAGGGCCAGGGGGGGCUGGACCCCGGUGGGCCCAAGCUCCUGCAUGGCGCGGUGAGCCCGGGCGCCGUGGGCAGCCUGUACCGCGAUGGCGUGGGGGGCCAGGCGGGGCGGCCGUCCCUCAUCGCCAGGAUCCCCGUGUCCAGGAUCCUGGGGGACCCCGAGGAGGAGUCCUGGAGCCCCUCCCUCAACAACCUGGAGAAGGUGGUGGUAACUGACGUGACCUCUAACUUUUUGACCGUCACCAUCAAGGAGAGCAGCACGGACCAAGGAUUCUUUAAAGAGAAGCGAUGAGUUUGGCCGAGGUGGUGCUGGAUUUUCCUCGCUCGCCUCCAGCCAGCAGCUUGGGUAGAGCUCGGGGGCCCCCGCUUUGCUUUUUUUUUUCUUUUUUUUUCUUUUUUUUUCCUGGAAAGGAUUUAGAAACUGUCACAAAUCCAUUAACUCAUUCUUUUUGGUUUUGUUUUUUUUUUUUGUUUUCCAUGUCUUACAUUUCGUUGGAAAGAUUAUCUCUAGAGUUAUAUUUUCUAUUAGAUGUAAAUAUGUUAUUUAAGAAAAAAUGCUUAUAUAUAUAUCUAUAUAUAUUUCAACUCUGAGUUGUUUUAUUUAAAUGGAGACAACAGUGACUGCUCAGUUGCUCUUGGAAAGGACAAUAAAACUGAGAACUAACAGAGUUCACGCAUCUGUUGCAGGAGCCGGUGUGCAUAACGAACGAUGUUCACAGCUCAUUAUGGUCUGGGUUUUUUUAAGGUGUUAUUUUUCCUAUGAUGCUAUGGAUGGUGGAGGGGGACGGGCUGCUCCCUCGGAGGGCAGUGUGCCCUGAUUUCUUGAUUGUGAUAUAAGGUGUUGCUUGUACAAUCAAGUGUGCUGUAUCCAGAACUGUUGCCCUUGACAGUUAAAGUGAGCACUUGAAUUUGCAGUAUUGUUGGGGAUGGGGUGUUUCCAGUCUAACGAAAAGAUAUGAUGUUGUUACAGAGUCGGAGUGGGGAAAAGCAGAAAUCCAUAAAAAGGCUAAAACUGUUCUAGUGGAGUAUUAACUUGAAUUACCUUUUCUUGUGGAGGAAGAGGAGGUUUGUGUGUGUAAGAUUCCGAGAGGGGUGAUACUGAAAUGCACUUUAAUAGAGUUGUCGUAGCCGUUGUGGGAGAUGGGACUGAGCUGAGAAUCCGUUUUCAUUUUGUCUGGUCGCUUGAUUCUGUUCCCCCACCCACUUAAAACAGAAGAAUCAUACCCGCCCUGCUUACAGUCCUGCAGUGGCGGCAGGUUGGAGGGCAGCGUGUCGCUGCCCCUGGUUAGAUGCUUUAGAGCACUAGAGAAAGUGAAUUAUUAAUAUUUUUGUCCCCGAACACAGUUCCCUUCAGACUGCUGGAAGACUCCAGAGAAAGUAUUUUGUCAUAUCCACAUCUCUGACAAAUCCCAGAGCCACCUUUAUGCAUUCAAAGACAAUAAAUAUUUCCGUUUUCUUCUGCCAGUUAAACAAUAGCCAAAAGGCAAAGGAGUCCCGUGUGCGAGCAGCCCCGCUGACUCGGGUGCCGUUUUGUGGGUUAUUUGCCCGUGAUGUUUCUCCUGGGGUGGAGGACCCUGCCGCCACUCCCCUGGCCGGGCAUGGCCAUGGGCUCCAUGGCUCCGAACAACGUGCAGGGGUUCCCUGGCUGGGUUGAGCAGCCGCCCUGGGGCUGCGGCCCCCCCACCCUGCUCAGCCUGGAUGUGCAGCGGGACCUUCCCCAGGGCUGAUGUUCGGUUGGGCUGGAGCAGGUGUCUUGGUCCUGACACGUUGCUCUGAGCAUCACUGUGGGUUGGAAAGCACAAAUCUGUCCGGCAGUGUCCCCGGGCUGGGCCAGGUCCCCUUUGUCCCUCCUCCCCGGCCGAGCUCCUGGGGGUGAAAGCACACGGGGCCCUUGCUCAGUCCAUUCUCCAUCCUACUCUUGGGACCUUUGUCAGCCGGCCCAGCAGGAGGAUGCUCUGGGGGCUGUACAGAGGGAGCCAUGGCUGUGAGUUCUGGAUUUUUGUUUGGUUUGUUUUUAUUUUUUUUUUCUGUGUUUAUUUGGUUUUGCCUUUUUUAAUUUUUUUUCAGCAUAUUUUGUAAAACUGAGAUUUUUUUAACUUGGUUUGUAUGAAGUUCCAAUGUGCUGGUUUUGGUGCUGGUGCCCAGGGGCAGCUGCCAUGGGCCAUGUGCUGUCAGAGGGCCCGUCCUCCCGCUGCCGCUGUGCCAAGGCUGGAAGAUGCUCCGCUGUGGAAAGCUCGGAGCCGCGCUCUGUCCUGCCAGACACGGUUGGGAUCGCGUGUGCUUUACUCCAGCCCUGUGUGUACGUGUGCGUCCCGACACGCGUGUAUAUGGAGCAAAACAUACAUGUGGGUUUAUAUGUGUGUAUGUACAUAGCGACGUAUAUACUGAGUGUGUGUGUGUGGGUCUGUGUGCGUGAAUUAUUUAAAUCUAAGACUUGUACAAAAACGAUUUGGCUAAAUCUCAGUCUCAGAAGUGAAGCUUAUCUACGUGUCUUCUGCCAGCCGUGAAUGUCCAUAUGAGACCUGCUUUUUAUGUGAGUUUAAAUAUAUACUUUGUAAAUAGAA